AGGGAGAGCCCCAUCACGUGACGCCCAGGCUGCGGCAGCUCCGGCAGAGAGAUCUGGAGGCAGCAGAGCAGCAGAGCCCGAGCCCGGACACUCAGCGCCCAGAGAGCAGCAGCCAUGGCCGGGGCCAUCAUAGAGAACAUGAGCACCAGGAAGCUCUGCCUGUUCGGGGUCACCCUCCUCAUCUUCCAGGUGCUGGCAUUCCUGGUGGGGGGGCUGAUCGCGCCAAAACCAACUUCUUCAAUCAACUUCCUGGCGGUGAAAUGCGUGGAUACACAGAAAAACUAUCGCUCUUCCAAGUGGAUGGUUCCGUGGGGGAAAGAUAGCUGUGACAGUAUCCGUGGCUUUGAGGAGGCACCCGGCAGACGCAUUGAAGCCAAUGACAUUGUGUUUUCGGUGCACAUUCCCUACCAAGGGCAAGAGAUGAAUCCCUGGUUCCAAUUCAUGCUCAUCAUUUUACAGCUGGACAUCACCUUCCAGCUGAAUAAUUACAUUGGGGAAAACGCAGUGGUGACGGUUGAUGUCGCAAUGGCGUACCGAGAUGAGUUGCAUGAACCGUGGACUGAAAUGGCUCAUUCCAUAGAGCAGAGGAAGCUUCAGUGCACAUUCCAGUUGCCGAAGACUCCAGAAAACCAAGGCCGUUCCUACGAAUGCGACGUUAUCCCUCUGAUCGAGCUGGGGAGCGUGGUGCAUAAAUAUUACCUGCUGAACAUCAAACUUCCAGUUCAUGAUGGGAAGAAGAUAAAUGUGGGGAUUGGAGAGAUAAACGACUUGCAUCUGGUGGCCAUCUUCCAAAAUGGAGGCUUUACAAAAGUGUGGUUUGCUAUGAAGACCUUCCUGACGCCCAGCAUCCUGAUUAUCAUGAUCUGGUACUGGAGGAGAAUCACCAUGAUGACACGUUCCCCGAUUCUGCUGGAGAAAGUUAUCUUUGCCUUGGGCAUCUCGAUGACCUUCAUUAACAUUCCCGUUGAAUGGUUCUCAAUCGGCUUUAACUGGACUUGGAUGUUGCUGUUCAGUGAUAUCCGGCAAGGCAUUUUCUAUGUGAUGUUGCUGUCAUUCUGGAUAAUCUUCUGUGGUGAACACAUGAUGGACCAGUCUGAACGGAAUCACUUAUCAGUCUAUUGGAAGCAAGUUGUCCCAAUCGCCUUUGGCUCCAGUUGCCUCUUUGUAUUUGACAUGUGUGAGAGAGGGGUACAACUAAAGAACCCGUUCUACAGCAUCUGGACCACUGAUGUAGGGGCCGACAUUGCUAUGGCUUUCAUUAUUGUAGCCGGGAUCUGCGCCUGCCUGUACUUUUUAUUCCUGUGCUUUAUGGUGUAUCAAGUCUUCAGGAACAUCAGCGGGAAACGGUCCACCUUACCCGCAAUGAGCAAAGCCCGCAGGCUGCACUAUGAGGGUCUGAUAUUCCGGUUUAAGUUUCUGAUGAUCAUUACGCUGGCCUGCGCUGCCCUCACGACCGUAUUUUUCAUCACAACACAGGUGUCUGAGGGUAACUGGAAGUGGGGGGAUUUCACCAUUGAACUGAACAGCGCGUUCUUCACUGGCGUCUACGGCAUGUGGAAUCUUUACGUCUUUGCCCUUAUGUUCCUCUACGCUCCAUCACACAAGAACUACGGAGACGACCAAACGGGUGGCGGAACAAGUAUAAACAGCGGAGAGGAGCUUCAGUUAACCACGACAAUCACACACGCAGAUGGGCCGACAGAACUGUACCGGAUGGUGGGCAAAACGGCGCAGGAAUAACCCUCCAGCUCCAUCGGCUGCGCGUCACCGGAGACCUCGCUAGUUCCAAUAUCCCACUAUAAAAAGGUUACAUAACAAUUCUCGUAUUUAUAGCUGGAGUUCUCUGAUAGGAGGAUGCAGAGACUUUGCUUGUAAUGUAGAUUAUACAGCGUGUUUGUGUGUAUGUAUGUGUUUUAUAUAUAAUAUCACACAUACAAUUACACACAUAUAAUGUGUAUAUUUAUAUAGUAAAGUUGGUGGAAGAUUUGGUUAGUUACACUGGUGGAUAUAAUAUUGUUUUACUCUCUAUUGCUGCUCAGUCUAUCCAUCAGAGCCCAGUGUUACAUUGUACAUUGUCCUGUUUUUUAUUUUUGUUAUUUUAUAAGGAGCGACUACACUGGGAACAAGACUUCUUACUGCCUUUUGUUCAUAAGCAAUACCCGUUAAGCAAUAAAAUUGUUUUUUGUUUUUUUGUA